GAAAGCUGAUGCCGGUGAGUAAGGUGGGAGAAGCUGGGUGAGGCGGCGAGAAGUGUCAGGAAGAAACAACAGGGCGAAUAGGAACCAAGAAGACCGUCUGAUUCUCCUUCCCUCUUUAUGCUUUCGGCCCUCCCCAACCUCGCCCCCACAUCCGCCCGCCGUGGAUGGUGGUGCUUCCUCCUCUCGAUGUCCCUUCUUCUUCCCUGUUCAUGCUGCUUCUGCUUCUAGCACAUGCAAUGUAUGCGAAAAAAAAGCGCGCAUGGUUGUGUUCUGUCGUUUCUGUUUGCGUCCACAAUACGACCAAUGUGGGCGGGAAAGAAGUGUUUGAACACACCAUCGGUAAUCUGAGGAUUGCCAUCAGUCUGGGGUCAAUCGGACUUUGGUCACGAUUGCGGACGAGGCAUGCCAUGUGGGAGGGGUUCUGUGCGUGUAUCCGAUAUUUUUGGCGAAUGGCCGCUUCGCGGCAACUUUUUUUUUCUCAGGUACAAACCAUCUUUCACAUAGACUAUUAUAAAGUGCAUAAUCACCAGCCGAACCAAUUGAUUUCGUGAUUGCUACAAUAACUAGCACCCGCACAUACCCUUCAAUAGGCCACUUUGCCAGCUAGCCUUUGUCUUGCCUUGUUAUCUUCUUGUCUUCUCACCUUGGUACACACAACUCCAUCGACAAGCGCUCCCUCCUGAUAUCGAUUAAACUGAGUCAGGCAGUAGUAAGCGGACGAAAACAUUACCUUGACAAGACGAUCAUAAACAGAGACAGCA